AUGGGUGAAACAAAUUCCUCCUCAACAAACAACCUGAAUCCCUACAAAGAUCCUCUCUUUAUUGCAGUAAAUGAGAGUGCUGCAACACCACUUGGAAGUAUCUUGUUUGAUGGAAAGAAUUUCCUGAAUUGGAGCAGAAGCAUCAGGAUUGCUCUUGGUGCCAAGAACAAACUGGGAUUCUUAGAAGGGAAGCAUCCUAAACCUUCUGAAGGUCCUGAUGAAAUCCAGAAAUGGACUAGAUGUGAUUAUAUGGUGAGGUCAUGGUUGUUGGCCACCAUGAAGCCUGAAGUUGCAAGCAGCCUUGUGACUAUGCAAUCAACUAAGAGGUUGUGGGAAGAAAUUGUUGAAAGGCAUGGGCAAACAAGUGCUCCUCUUCUCUUUCAACUGAAAAAAGACAUGUGGGAACUGCAGCAAGGGUAUCUCAGUGUAAGUGAAUACUACUGCAAAUUGAAGGAUUUUUGGGAUCAAAUCUCAGAAAUUGAAGACAUACCAGAGUGUUCUUGUGGAGCUCUGGCAAAAUGCAGCUGCAGCAUUGUCAAAAAAAUGAUUGAGAGGGAAUCAUCCACCAAGCUCAUGAAGUUUCUCAUGGGUCUGAACUCUGAUUAUGAGCAGAUGAAGACAAAUUUCCUUGGGAUGGAUCCACUGAUGCCUGUGAACAAGGUGUACAAUCUAGUCAUGCAGGUUGAGAAACAAAAGCAGAUCACAGGAGAAAUCAGUAUUGGGAGUCAAACAAGUGCUCUAGCAGCAAACAGGCAAGGAGAGAGUCUUGGUCCUCUGAUGAACUUUAAUAAGAGAGAAUACAAAAAAAUGAGACUUGAGAAGAUUGAAAGAGAUGCAAAGAAAUGUCAGCAUUGUGGAAUGAAGGGACAUUUAAGGGAAGAGUGUUUUAAGCUAGUUGGAUAUCCUGACUGGUUUAAGAACAAUCCAAAGGGAAAAGGAAACACAAGACAAGCUGCAAAUGCAACUAGGAGUGAAGAAGAAUAUUCUGGAGACAAUCCCCUGGAGUUUGGAAAUGCAGGAGGUAAUGCAAUGAAACAUGAUGACAAGUUCAUUUCUUCUGUUGUACAGGAAGUGAUGAAAGCAAUUGGUGAGAAGCAGAAUGCAACAGCUAGCAGUCACAACAACUUUGCAGGUAAAGAAAUUCUUUCUAAUGCAGUGAAUCAUUAUGAUGACUCUUACUGUAAUACAUGGCUCAUAGAUUCAGGAGCUAGUGAUCACAUGACAGGAAACAAAAGUGUUCUUACUAACAUGAGAACAUUAGACAAGCAGAUAAGGGUAGGAUUACCUGAUGGAAAUGUCAAAACAGUUAAAGAAAUAGGAGAUGUGAAAUUGAAUGAUAAUGUGACUCUUUUUGAUGUGUUAUAUGUAAGUGAUUUCAAACACAACUUGCUGUCAGUGAGCAAAUUGGUUCACAAAGAUGACCUGAAGCUUUUAUUUGAUAAACAUGGGUGUUCUCUUCAGGGCCUUUCCACUGAAGAUAAUGUAGUGUUUGGAGAGAAUGAAAGUGAUCUGUACAAGCUGAUCAACUUUGAAAACUAG